CACUGCGCAGUGGUGGUUCCUCACCAGUGUGUUUAUCAUGUUGCCAGGCACAACAAUAACACUGGGCUCACGUUGCUAUUUUAUUCAGUUUUCAUAGCGUCAAGAGAAAGUUCAGGUCAUUUCUUGGACGUGGGGACAUAUUUCAUAGUUUCGUUAACAUUCUCGGGUUAUCAAGAUCAAGUUUUGUGUUAAUUUGAGGGGACUUUAGCUGGGAAAAACAUCGGUGCAUAUAGUGCACUGUGAGGUCGACUGCCUUACCUGAAUUUCAUACAGGUGUCCUCGAGUGUCCAAGAUGACCAGUUACAGGCUUACGGACAAGGAUUCGCUGCCGAGGCUUCCUCGUGGCGGCCUGAGCAGUGCCCCUCCUCGGGCCGGGCUACAGACGCUGGAUGACUCCGGCCUGGUGUACGACAUCGGGAACGAGCGGCCGUUCCUCGCGCGCUCAACCCCGCCCGCCUCCCUGUACAGGACCGCCGACCGCCCAGCCUCUCCCGGCGCCUCCGGACAGACAUGGAGGCUCAUGCAGGAGAUGCAGGAGCAGCUGAAGCUCUACAAGAAAGAACUGGAGAAAAAAGACGACUUGAUCACAUCUUUGGCAACUGGAGGUAAAGGACCAGAGACACCAAAGAUCAAUGGCUACUUCUCAUCUGGAGACCCUGCCUAUCCCCCCCAGCCCCCAUCCCAACCUCCGCCCACAGGGGGCCGUACCAUGCACUAUCGCCUGGCUGCGGAGAGUGCCACCGGAGAGCUGGCCGCCAUGCAGGUUAAAGCUGAGCGACUUCAGGCGGAGCUGGGAGAAAGCAAGAACAGGUGCGCAAUCAAAGACGUGCAAAUCCGGGACUUGGAGACGGAGAUACAGAGCUACAAGGAGGACAACGCGCGUCAGGUGGCGCUGGUGCAGACGCUGCGUAACCGUAUCCGGGAGAUGGAGGACGAGACCGGGACGUUGUCUGUGGUGAAAGGUCGUGGGGAAAUCACCAUCCAGGCGCUGCAGAAGGAAGUGAGGGAGUACCAGGACAGGGUCGCAGAGCUGGAAGGAAGACUCAGAUACAAGGAACGGAGACAUGUCACAUUUCUUACUGAUCAAAACUCCAGGGGCCACAUUUCUGAGCGCGAGGAGUCCGAGCAGAAGUCGCAGUCGUGGGAGAGGAAAUAUCGUGACCUCUGCACAGAGGUCGGACGCUGCAUCAGCCUUGACACGGCAGCUGGCAGCAUCCCUGAUGUCAUUGAGAAGGUCACUCACAAGAUCAACUCCAUACUGGAAGAGAACACCAUGCUCCGUGGACGGCUGUCCACGCUGACUGAAGCACUGAACAGCAGCGAGCUGGAGACCAAGGCCAGCAGGGAGACCAUCAUGAGGCUGGUGUCAGAGGUCAGCCGCGAGCAGCGAAACUUGUCUCAAAUCAACACCAGUACAGAGCAGUUGAGAAUGGAGAGGGAGGAAGCAAUGCGGUCCAAAGAAGCGUUGGUUCGGGAGAACCAGCUUCUGAGGGAACGUAUCGAAUCCAGCGAGAAGGCAUGGAAGUCCACACGGGAGGAGCUAGAACACAGAGAAGGUCGCGUACACACCAUGGAUGAACAGCUGCGGAACAGCCAGUACACAGCCAAGGCAGCCCAGACACAGCUGGACACGUUCAAACAGGCCAUCGCAUCGCUCCUGAGUGACGGUCAGGUCAUCGUCCAUGAGAGGGAGGACGACAUCAAGGACAGGAUCCGCUCCAUCAUGGGCUCCAGCAGGGACAAGCACGCAGAAUCAGACAUGCUGAAUCUGAAGGUGAAGGAGCUGACCAAACAGCUGGAGUCACAGUGUGAGCUGCACCAACAGGCCAUCCGCAGGGCCAAGAAGGCAGAGGCUGACGUCGGCGACUUUAAGGAUAGACUGACCAACUUGGAGGGUGAACUGUCGUCUGCAGAUGUACUGAGAGAUGGGCUCAGGACAGAUAAGCAGAGGUAUCUGGAGUUCCUAGAGAAGAUGGCACGAGUGAUGAAGUUGGAUGAGAUCGCCUUGGAUGUCGGCUUCGACUUGAACGGUGACGCACUCGUGGCAAGGGCCCAGCAGCUGGUCAACAUGGAGGGAGAUUCACUGAAAGACCGCACAACACAUGUCUACAACCUGCAGAGGAAGGUCAAGCAGCAGAAAGAACAGCUGGAAAGCAAGGACCUUCACAUGGACCUACUCCGCAAGAAGAUCGGUCAGCUGGAGGAGAAGCUGCAGGGUCGGAAUGAGCUUGCGUUGGAGAGGGACGACGCAGCCAUGAAGAUCAGGAAGCUGCAGAAGCAGGUGGAGAGGCUGCAGGGACAGCUGGGUAACGCUCGUGCUCAGAACACUGAGCUGAAGGCCAAGCUGCAGGAGGUCACCGACCUCAAGGUCAGGACCCUGCAGCAGAAGGACCACAUCAAGGACCAGGAGGAAGAACUCCUUAGGCUACGUCUUAUGAAGGACAAGCUGGGAAAGAAGGUCAGCAACCUGAAGUCAGAGAUCCAGAUGACUGAGGCAGAGAGUGAAGAGACCAAGGUGUUGUCAUCCAACACUGUCCAGGCUCUGUCCAACGAACUCAGGAGCACCAAGCUGGCACUGGAUGAAGUGGCCAGGAGGGAGAAGGAGCUUGUUGACUUCCGCCAAGUCAUCGCCCGGAUGCUGGGUCUAGAGAUCCACACUCUGGCCGUGCCAAACUACGAGAUCAUCGCCCGGCUAGAGAAACUGGUCAACGCACAUCACGCUCACACUGCGACAACGCUCGGCGUGGAGACCGCUCUGGAUGAAAACUUUGUGGUAGGGUACGAGGACGCGCGGAGAUUCCUUAAGACGAGCCCAAGAAGUCCAAGGCGCGCUAGAUCAGUGUCUCCGACAAGGAGAUACUACCAAACUCAAUAGUACAUGGUGUAAACAACCAAUUUUAUGUCUGUCUUGUCUUAUAUUAUUAAAAAGCAUACAGACUGAUACAACAUCUAUUUUCCCUGAGACCGUAUGAUGGUGUAUGUCAAUGGCUGUAUAUUUGUCAACUGCAUGGGAAAUGAUACAAAGAUAUUACAUUUGUGGUAACUUUAGCAGGUUGUAGAAAUUUAUAGGAAAGUUAAGACCAAUGCAGUGCGCCGCUUUUAAUAGAGAUGAAAUUGUGCAUGCCUCCAGGUAAUAUUACGCAUGUUUCACAGAUCAGAAUCAUUAGUACUGACUGUGUUUUGAUACUUUAGAGUAAGACAUGAUGAUGAGAUUCCCUUGCUUCAAGAUAAGGGUUGAUGAACAUGUACAAUGGUGGAAAGUAUUCGUAAGUCAUGAGCAGCUAUGUAUUACAGUAUGAUGCAGUGCUGUAUAUAGCCUUAUUGAGCAGAACCUGCCAUGCAUAAGGGCUUUUGUACAAUACAAACUUGUGUAGGUAGUUCUAAGACUGUUGAAAAGACUAUGAUUUAGAUUCCAUAGGGCUCCAUACUAUAUGUUUUGUGCAAUUGUUGAUUAUUUUUGCUUUUUUAGUGUAUCAACAUCAUGUCCACGGCAUGUCUGCAUGUAUUGAGCGGGCCAUCAUUUUUUAAUUGUUGGCAUUAUAUAAAAUUCUAUCAUUAGUUUGGGGACAUUUUUUAACUUGCUUCUGUUACUAAAGCAUGAUGUUAUGGUAAAAUGUAAAUCAGCAGAUCUGGAUGAAAAUAUCACAUUACUCAGAAUACUGCUAUUUACGCAUGUAGAAAAGGCUGUCCCUUUUUGUUUUCUGAAACUUCGGUAAUAUUUGGGAAGCAUCUUGUAUAUAUAGUCUAUUUUCUAUUAAAGCAAAGGCUUGGA